UUUCAUGACAAACCUACAAAAAAACCCAAAAUAAAAACAACCAAUUCACCCCAAACCCAUCUCCCAAUCUUCCAUAUAAAUCAAGCAUGGGAGAAAUGUAGACUCGGGAAGUAGAAUGAGCAUGGGAGGCAAUGGUGAUUCUAAAGUUUUGGUAGCAUUGUUGCUGAUUGCAUUGAUGGGUGGAACCAGGACCUGGGCUUUGCCAAUAUGCAACAUUGAAUCUACACAGAUAGAACUGUGUCGUCCGGCGAUCACCGGGAUGUACCCUCUACCGCCAACCAGGCAAUGCUGCAACCUUGUAUGCCAAGCAAACCUUCCCUGUCUUUGUGGCCUCAAGUCUGCUCUUCCUGCAUUUGGGAUUGACCCUAACCAAGCCUUGGCACUGCCCCAAAAAUGUGGCCUAACCACUCCACCGGCAUGUGUAUGGCCCUGAUACGCUUCCUAUGACAGCAGAUACAAACAUUUGCAAACACUGGAGAAACUUCAUUUUCAAGGCCUGCGGCAGCUUGUUAAAUCAAUUGUUGCAAGGCAUGAACUUUGUAAUGGAAUUAUCCAUAAUCAAUGCAUUCUUCCUAUAA